UUGGUUUAAAGUUCACAAAUUAUAUAAUUAUAGGUAACACAUUAUCACGAAAUACAAAUAAACUGUCCUUUCUUUUUUUUAGUACAACAGUACUUAUAUAUCCUUACAAAUUGACGGGUGGUUAUUAUGUAGUUAUUUUUCCCACUUUGCUUGUAGUUAGGGUAAAUUGAAUGUUCGUAAUGACGACAGCCGGGCUCCUGUCAUUUUAGAUAUUUUAUAAACAGAAGACACUUCGCAUGCCGCAAUGAUAGGAAGGAAAUACGGUUUUAUCGUGGUUGUCACAAUCACCUUAAUGUUAUGUGCACCUUUGAUUCGAGCCGAAGAAACUUGCCAGGCCACCGUGACUUCUGUUUAUCCUCGUUACUAUGACUACUGCUAUAACUGGUACAUUUGGUACAGUAAUACAUGGAGAUGGCACAACAUGACGUUCUGGGGUGGACACAAACAAAUUCCGCGGAAAGAUCAAAUGGAUGUCAGAUGCACAUCAACUUCUGGAAGUGCUGUUGUUUUAACAGAGAAACACCCAGACAUAGCAACAAUAGGUGAAGACAUCGUAACGGUACAGGCAUGUAGCCUCAAUCAGAAUGGAGACUGUGAAUCGGAUAUGGAAGUUCAGAUGAGAAAGUGUUAUGGCGAUUUACUCUAUAGCUUUCCAUGGAUCAACAUUACUGAUGUACAGACAUUGAAUUAUUACAUUUGCUAUGAUAUAAUUUAUGCUGAAUCAUGUGAUGGUACUGAAAUGGUGUAUUCGGCUGGAAGUGAAAGUGGUAAAUUACUACAAUUUUCUCACGGAGAUAUUCAAGACGGAUGGUACAAUGCGUUUAACAACGGAAAACAAUACGUCUUCCCAUCGGUUGAGGACCUAAACGACAUGCCAGAUGAAUGUUUUCCUCAUAACUGGGGAUUUGUUCUUAAAGAACCGUUGCCACAGGUAAUCGAAGAAACUCCAUUGAGGUUGUCUUUAUGCUAUAUCGAGAGCUACGAUUCUAUCAACAAUAAUGAGUAUGUAUUUUCUGAAUACGGUGAUUACAUCUUCGUCAGAGCAUGCAGUGGAAAACUUCAGUUUGAUCUUUCCCAUUUUCAGAAUUGGCAUGGAGAGUUCUGUAUGAUUCAUCACAACAACGUUAUAGUAAAACCAGAAAUAUAUCAUGACAUCCAGUCUACUAAUGUCAAUGGUAAAGCAAUAAGAACGUACAGCCCAUUUCUGCAAUACAGAUGUACCUUUGAUAUGGUAGAUGAAACUCUGUAUAAAACAAACUGGUAUAUUAAUGGAACAUUUCAAGUUCAGACGGGACCUUCACCUCGGUCGGAUGACCUUGUAUUUAAGGAAGAAUAUUUAACACAUCUUAGACCUGGUUAUGAGGUACAAUGUGGUAUGAUCACGGCCUCUGGGAAUGAGUCCAUUGAAUUCCUAAGUGAUGUUUUCUAUGCUGGCUGGAAAAUUGCAGAUAAUUCGAUUUCCUUGAGCAAGAGUGGAUAUACAUUGGUUGAUGUAGAGCAAACGAUACCAUUAGGCUGCUACUAUAGGGAUGACGAAGCUCCAAAUUGUGUAGAGGAAUUAAUAUUUGAAGACCCAACUAAUGUUCCUGGUGCAUGUGCUGGUGGCAUUCGCGUACAAAAUGCAGAUGAGCCAAGUAAAUCGGUUAUAGAAAUACAGACCUUAAAGAAUGGCGGAGAAUGGGCCAGUAAAAAGCAUAGGGCUAAAUUUUCAACCAUUGAUAGUGAUUAUGAUGACAGUAAUUCUUUUGACUUACAAAUGUCCGUUACCCACAGAAAUGGUGAUGCUAACCGAAUAUCCAUUAGUACAGAAGUAUUGUAUUUGGUUGUUGGAGCUAUUCAUGUUGACAUCACUGAGACAAAUAGACAUUGGAACAAGAGAUGUUACUCACAUGUAGACCCACAUAUGAAAACUACAGACGGAAUAUAUUACGAAGCACAAAGGGAAGGUGACUACAUGAUGGCCUUGAAUGAAGAAUUUCAGACAGAGAUACAGACUUCUGCUAGGUAUUGUUCCGAUGGAUAUACAGAUGGACCAGUUUGUGCCUGUGGAAUAGCGAUUGCAGUUGGUGCUGAUGCCUUUAUCAUCAAUAAAUGUCCGAAAUCUACUUUCCAAUUUGACUUUGUACAGUGCGGAGAUGGUGGCAUCAUUGACGUUGAAGAAAUCCACGCCUACCGAUACAGGGUCAGAACUCCGAUAGGUACAAUUAUCGACAUAUUUCUUCAUACAUGGAGCGAUACGAUGAACAUCGACAUAUAUAUGUCGGCAAAAGAUUUUGGCAACAUCGUCGGUUUAUGUGGGUACUUCGACGGUGACAGAUCCAACGAUCUGCUACACAGAGAUAAUGUAACCAUUUCCAGUGAUAACAACUGGAGUUAUAAGUUCGCAGAUAGUUGGAGGCUGACAGACGAAGAGAAUUUGUUCAAAAAUAAUAGACGUUAUCUUAAACCGUGGGACGUAAGUAACGGAGGGACUGAUCAGCCGUGUAGUAGGUCAAACUCGAUUACAAGAAAGAAAUGUAACUUUAACCGGAGGACAAGACGAUCAACUUCUGACCGCCAAAGAAGAGGAGUGAAAACGCAGAAUCAGAUUACGCUAUCUCGUAAAAAGAGAAGCACGGUGACUUUUACAGAAGACGAAGCUUUCAGAUUCUGUAACCAUUCCAUUUAUACAACACCAGCAGUUCAGGAAUUCCCGGAUAAACUUGCAGAGGAAGAUCCAGAUCAAGUUGUUGAGCAAUGUGUGUAUGAUUUAACUCAAGGAAAUGAUACAGCGUGGGUGGAAGCACAUACAACUGUUCUCAACAAUGCUGCGGAUACAAUACUCGGCUUGAAUCCUGUAUAUGUUGCAAACAAUACGGACAUUGUAAAUUCAUUUCGCUUGAAAACAUGUUUGAACAAUUGUAGUGGAAAUGGUGCUUGCACCGAAACAGGGCUAUGCGACUGCAGUGGUAUAUUUCGUGGACCUGACUGUAGCAUAGACAUAAGAAUUCCACCUGUCGUGUAUUACAUAGAAGGAGAUGGAAUCUGUGAAAUAACAGCUGAUGACGAUUGCACAUGUUUCCAAAUAAGGACAAACAACAUCUUUGAUGGUUUCAUGUGUGAUAUCAGCAAGAGCAAGGUUUAUUUCAAUGGCACACGUAUCAAAGAAGUUGACUCUAGACACGUCGGUAUCUACGAAGAUAUUUUUACCGGAGAAUGCUGUAACCCUGCCGAGCGUGAGAAACGUUCCGCUGCCGAUGAAGAUGACGUCGACGAGCUGUUUGUUGUUAUGUACGAAUUUGCUGUCAGCAAUGAUGGCGUUAAUUACGGGGAAACUAAUACUGCAUUUGUCUAUGACACAACAUGUCUACAGCAAGUUGAGGUAGCCGGAAACGUCACAUUUGAAUUAAAGACUGGAUACUGCUACAUCGAUGCUACGUGUGUGGUACACAACUCUAAAGUGUUGAAUACAGAUGAAUGUCUUCUCUGUGAUCCUGCAAGAAAUCCCUACAAGUGGACAAAAGGUAAUUGUGAAGAAUCAAGUACAGGGCUGAAAACGGGAGCGUUGAUUGGAAUAAUUUGUGGUUCUUUACUUUUUGCCAUGGUAACUGGGGUACUGGUGUAUGUGCUUUGUUUCAAAGGGUCAAAGAAACACCGGACAGUUCAAGAUGCCCAGCCAUAUUUCCAGUCUACGCUGGCGGGUAGACAACUCCCCGUAACAUCAAAACAUGACGACAAAUGCUCCGAUAUGUGUAUGAAAAACAAAGAAGAAGAAAGCAACAAUGCACCAGAUACUGUAACAGUUUUACCAUAUAUAACUGCCUUCAAUACAGCAAAGCCAGUAUCUAGAAGGAACGUGUGGACGGACUCACUUGCAACACACCAUGCCGACAAGGAUACCGGAAUACAUACAGUAGAGAAGAGCUUUACAACCACAGAAAGUGAAGUUCUCCAGUAUAAAGGCACUGAUGAAGUCAAAGAGCCUAAUCAGGCUGUGGCUGAAGCGGGAAUUGAGCAACCUGAGAGAGAAGUGUCGGCUUUUUCCCUGCAGUUGAUUGAGUAAUGACCCUAUGAAAAACGUUCUGUUUUUGUUGUACUAUACGAGUAUACAAAUAUUAUUCGUUUAAACGUGUGUAUAUACUUGCUUUUUUGUUACUGAUAAUUAAUUUAAUUUUUCUGUUUUAUAUGUAUUUUUUCUUUUCUAAUUAUUUUCUUCUGUACUUUUUACAAUGUAGGGGCCUCCGUGACGAGUGGUUAAGGUCGCUGACUUCAGACUUCAGAUCCCUAUCGAUACGGGUUCGAGACUCACCCGUAGCGCUGAAUUCGUCAUGUGAGGAAGCCAUCCAGCUGGCUUAUGGAAGGUCGGUGGUACUCAGGUGCCCGCUCGUGAUGAAAUAAUGCACGGAGGGGCACCUGGGGUCUUCCUCCACCAUCAAAGCCGGAAAGUCGUCAUAUGACCUACAAUAAUUAUUGUUACAAUGUUGCUUUUCUUUACUUCAUCUGCUAAAUUUAUUUAAAGACUUUUUGACUUUAUUGAGUUUGUUUUUGUUGUUGUUGUCUUUUUGGUGUUGGUGGUGGUUUUGUUGUUGUUGUUGUUGUUGUUCACAUACAACUUUAUUUUAAUUGCUGAUUUUUUGGUUACAAAUAUUGGUUUAAUGUUUAUAUCAAAUUUUAUGGAUUCAUCAAGUUUCUGUUUUGCAUGAAAUGUUUGAUAGGGCUUGCCCAUGCAGCCACAGCCACACCCCUUUUCCCGGGUCGCUCGCAACAUAUUUGAUCAUGCGCACUUAUCCGGUCAACAUUUAUUUAAUCUACUGAACUAAGAAAAUAAUUGCACUACACUCAAACUAAAUAUUGUGGUCAGGAGUUGAUAAAAACUCGCUUUAGUUAGUAAUAUUGCACGCGUACUUUAACAUUUGAUUAGGACUUUUACCAAUCUCUUGCAGUUCCUCUAUAUACCUAGGAUAGAUUCGACUUAAAAUUGCGCUUAAUAGUUAAUUGAAAAAUAUAUUCUUUAUGGGACAUGGAUAACAUGUCGGCAUAUGGUUGGAUUAUCGAAAGGUAGGUCCGGAAAAAAGGUCAGAUGUCUGCACGUUAAGAAAAAAUGAACCACAUUAAUUUAUUAUGUGUUAAAACAGAAUUUCAGCUGCCUUUCGUCACUAUGUAACUGUUUAUGUACGUGUUUGCUUUAAGAAAUUGAAACAAUCGCUAAGUUAAAUUUUAAAAUUAAAAUAGUUAAGAUACAUCUCUGAAGAAGAAAGUAAUCCAAAGGACAGCUUUUCAAGUGGAUGUAGCAGUGAGCAGCUCAGUUCAUGUUAUAUCUGUCAAAUAAUAGCAUGUUAUUACUAAUCCAUUUAACGUAUGUGUCAGACGAUUGUGUAAAACAAUGAUCUAGUGUUAAAUAAAUAUUUAACUGGA